CCCGCCACCGCGGAGAUGGCGGCCACGGCGGGCGGGGAGCCGGGCGAACCGAGCCCCGAGGAGUUCGUGUACAGCGAGGAGGACUUCGUGCUGCAGGCAGCCGGCUGGGGCGACCCGGGCUCCGCGCCCUCCCGGUUCGACCGGGUGCUGCUGGCGGGCUGGAGCGACCGUAUGGAGCGGGGACUGUUCCGGUACCGGCUGGGAGCGCUGCCCACCCGCGUCCUGCCCGGCGCCGUGCGCCUCGUGGCGCAGCUGAACGAGCAGCGCAGCGCGGAGCGCCGCCCGCCGCAGCCCGUCCGCAGCCUCCGCGACCCCUUCGACCCCGCCGCCUUCAACUUCACGCGGCUGCGCCCCGCCGAGCUGCUGUUCCGCCUGCGCCGCGCCGGCGGCCCGGAGCCGCUGCUGGUGGCGAUCAACGCCAGCCCGCUGGAGCGGGGACACGUGCUGCUGCUGCCCGAGCCGGCGCGGCGCCUGCCGCAGGCGCUGACGGCCCCGGCGCUGCGCGGGGCGCUGGAGGCGGCGCUGCUCAGCGCCCACCCCGGCUUCCGCGUGGGCUUCAACGGGCUGGGCGGCGGCGCCUCGGUGAACCACCUGCACCUCCACGGGCUCUACCUGGACCGCCCGCUGCCGCUGGAGGCGGCGCCGGCCGAGCCGCUGGGGCCGCGCCUGGCGCUGCUCCGCGCCGGACCGGCCCCCGCCUUCCUCUUCUUCGCCGCCGGCCCCGCGGCGCUGGAGCCGGUGUCGCGGGCCGUGUGCCGCGCGGCGGAGCACCUGGGCGCCGCCGGGCUGGCCUGCAACGUGCUGGCCACGCGGGGCGACCCGCCGGCGGGGCCCGGGGGCGGCCGCGGGCUGCGGGUGCUGCUGUGGGCGCGCCGGCCGCUCUUCGGCCCCAAGGCGGGCGAGCCCUUCGCCGUGGCCCUGUGCGAGCUGGCGGGGCUGCUGCCGCUGCCCGCCGAGCCGCUCUACCGGGACAUCACCGAGGAGCAGGCCCUGAGCGCCAUCCGCCAGCACCUGCUGCCCGAGCCCGAGCUGCUGCACCUGGGCGGGGAGCUGGCGCGGCUGCUGGAGCGGUGA